AGGGGGCGAUGCAACGGAAGGCAGGCCCCCGAGGCCCUCCCCGCCCCAGCCCAGCAGCCCGCCGCGCCCUCCUCCCUGAGGACUAGCGCGCCCGUGUUCUCCCAGCCGCGCCGGAGCAGCGGUAAGAGGGACCCCCGGCCCGCGUGCACGUUGCGCCCCCUCCCCGGGCGGGAACUGCAUGGCGGCGCGAUCCUGAAGCCGGGAGGAUCUGCCCCGCCUUUCUGCUCUCCAGCUUUUCUUCACAACAGCCCUGGGAGGUAGGUCGGGCUGAGAGGCCCAGGACUGGCCCGGCGGGGAGCAGGAUCCGGGUCGCGCGAGCCCCAGGCCGAGGCUCUAACCGCAGCACCACACUGCCUCCCUCCUCCUCGGCCUGGCCACUCCUUCCUCCGCGCCCUCUCUUCCCAAAGUGUGUAUACAUUUAUCGACACGUGCGUUGCAACGUAGGCGAGAGAACGCGGGUCGCGGACAGAGCACGGAAAACGCCCUUGCUUACCCCGCUUUACUGACACCGAUACGUUAAGCAGGGGUUGAAGAAACACUAUUGAAAACAGCGCAUGGUUCGUGAAAUCCUUAUAAUGAAGCCCACUGUAAUGAUGAAACGCCACUGUCAAAACGGAGGGGGGCGUGCGAGCCAAGCGAGCGAAGCAAACGCCAAACGGAGCCGCGAAGAGCGUGCGUAAAACCAGACGCGCCUUACUCAACCCACGUGCCUGUUUACCUCCCUGACGCAUUGACCAAACAACCCUCCAUGUUGCAAAGCCACCUUAAUGGGCGUUGCGACAUCUCACUCCUUGUUGUUUCAUCCUGCCAGCCAGAGGUUGUGCGGUUUGGCCUUCGGAGCGACAAAAUAAGCAUCGGGGUUAUAAAGCGGCGUCCGGCGUGGUUGCAAACACGGCCUCCCCCUGGUUGGACCUAGGCGAAAUUCAAGGGGGUUGUUUGGACACCACAAGGUGUCCCUCAGCAAAGACUCCUGAGCUAACAUAGCAGUGAGGGAAUAAAAGGGGAAGGGUCCUCUUAUGGAUGAAUACAGCAGAGAGUGGGAAUCAAUGGGGAUUUCUCCCAGUGGACUGAGGCAGUGGCUUUGUGUCCCAGGCUUGCUUUUAUGGGAUUACUGUUUUUCUAAUCCUGUUUGGAAGGGCUGAGUUACCCUUACACAAACAUGGAGAGCUCAAACAAGCUCCCGAGAGGAUGGAGGAAAGAAAACAUCCCACCUGCAUUAGAGAGCUACCUGAUACCAGAGCAAGGGAAUGUCCAGAAAAACAUCAAUGUCAAACUGUAUUUGUCCCCUGGAAAUCCAGUUGCAGGAUCCCGCCAUCAAGCUGGUUCUGCCAUUCCUGGGUUCCACCACACUGGAGAGACAACGCACGGGAGGCCACGAGCUGCUUCUAUGAGAAACAGGCCUGCCGGACCUCAGCCGCAGAAUCGAGUCCAAACCAAUCUCGCUUGCCCGUAUUGGCCACUUCGGGACACCACGGCCGACCCCGCAUCCUGGCGGCAAAGCAACCUUGAAUCUAAGAGGCACAGGAUGGAACCCCUCGGCGACCCCGGCUCUCUUCCAGCUGCACGCAGCUCAUGCCCAGGUGGCUCAAGAAAGAAACCCCCCAGUGAGCGCCCCGGCAGAAGCAGUGCUUUCCCCCGGGCCGAAAGGAGCACCUCCAAGGAGAGAAGAGGGCAUGAGGGCCGGCAGGUGCGCACACAGCCAAUAGGUUCGGUCUCUGGGCCAGGAAGACCAAAUCUUGAGGCCGAUGGAAGGUCCUUCUCUCCAGUGGACUUGCUGGGGGUGUCUUAUCUAGGCUGCCUCCACCCAGAGGGUCAACCUUCUUUUACAAGCCCCAGCAGGAGUCUCGAAUCCAUACCUCCAGGGCCACCCCUCACCAUAGACCAUCUGAAGUCUUCGCCCUUGGCUGAGAGAGGCGUGUCUUCCACACUGCUCCGGACCCUCCUAGAGUCUUCCCAGACCUCUGCUGACCUGUACAGCUCCAUCCAGCGGCUGAGGCAAGAAAUCGCUGUGAUGGGAGCCUUGGGUUCCUUCCCGUGGGAGUCCAAGUCAUUGUCUCUCGCUUACCGGCCACCUGCCGAUCCCCCGGCCUCGACCUCGACUGUGCUGAGUCUCAUGGAGCAGCUCACCCCCAAGCAAGCCAGCGUGAAUUGGGGCACCCCCCUGAGUCAGGCCUGGGAUUCCAGCUUUACGAGGGGCACUGGGAGAGACAGGGAGCCCCUUCCCAUUGCCUACGAUAAAGUGGGAGUAUACGGACCCCCAGGGGAGGAGGCCUCCGACCGAGGUUGGCCCCCGGGUGUCUGCAGCAGCGUUGGCCCAACCACACCGGCCUUUCAAGGAGAAGAACGAGAAGAAAGGUACUGCGGCACUUCCUUUCGCUACCUCCGAAGCUGCUCAGGUGCACAGCGGGCUCUGGAAGAAGAGAGUCUCUGCAGGUGUCCCAAACCCAGCGGCCACCAAAGAGCCCUGGCUGCACAGGAACCUACUGCUGGAGUGCUCCACCGCUCCGACUUGGGUCUCGGGGACCUUCCCUUGGGCCUCCUCUCCACGGAUGGCUUGCAGGUCUCCCUGAAGACAUGCACCAAGGCUCCGCUGAGCAUGGGGGUGUGUGUGUAUGAUGCUCAGCAGGCAGUGCACCUGACUGUUCAUUCUCCGGGAGGACCGGCGGUCACUCCGGCGCACGAGCUGGGUAAGGGCUCUGAAGAGCUUCACGCCCGUGAGGCAGGAGAAGCCUGCAGGGCCUCAUUCAUCGCAAGCAACGUGGACGAGCAAACCCGAUGUUCACCCUUCGGGGCAGCAGCCAAAAACGGGCCCAGAGAAUAUUCCCAGGGUGCCAAACCCCUUGCUAGAGAAUGCGUCCAGGACCUCUUGAGUCCUGCAUGUUGUGACCACAGCCCUGGUGUGGAGAGAGGUCAGAGAGAGCCGCCGUGCCAUUGGGAGAAAGACGGAGGGAGAGAGAUCCUGCGAGGCGAGAGCCUGGAAGCAGAUGAUGGAUCAAUGGAGAAGAAAAAAGACAGGCCUCUGCCUGAGAGGAGGGACCCGUUGCUGGUGAAGAGCUUUGCGGCCUGGCGUGAGCACGUCUUCGGGAAGCUGGCCGUGGCCCGGGCCCAGCACGAACGCCAGCUCCUGCGCAAGGGGCUCUCCGCCCUCCAGUGGGCAGUGCAGCUGAGGAACGCCCAGGUGGCUGUCACCCAGAGAAGCCAUGCCACGACGGUGCUGGCCAACGUCUUCCGCAGGUGGCAGGAUGCUGCAGCUAAGCGGCGGGAGGCCCGAGCUUUGCGCCAGCGGGAGACGAUGACCGGCGCCAGAGAGUUGCUGCCACCCCCAGAGAGGAUCACGAAACUCCCUGCCUGGUGUCAGCUUUCGGCGGAGCAGGUGGAGGAUGCUGCUCGGUACCGCAGGGCGGAGGGACUUUUAUGGAUGCAGCUCCGUCACACGCAGGGAGCAGAAGAGCUGAACCGAAAGAUGGAGGCAGUCCGAGAGAUGAGGCGGCUGGCCGCAGCUUUCAGACUGUGGCGCCUGCGCACUGAACGCCUGGACCAAGAGGAGGCCCGCGCGCAAGAUGCUCGCGCCGCCCUGGAGAAGGCCCGCCUGGCGGCUGCUUUCGCAACGUGGCGUGCCCGCUGCCAGGCCAGCAGGCGGAUCGUGCCACUAGCGGCUCGAAUCCAGAGAGGGCUGAUCAGCCGGUGCUUUGCUGCGUGGAGGAGCUUCGCCGAGAGGCAGGUGCGGAGCUGGCACAGCCAGGAAUGCCGGCGGGCCCGGGCGCUGAGGCUGUGCUUCCGGCAGUGGGCCCUGAUGGUGCGGAGCCGGGAGCAGACCCGGUGGACGCUGCUGCAGCUGCUGGCCCUGAGGCAGAGGAAGGCCGAUGCAAGGUUUGGCCCAGCUGCACAUGCUGGAGAGGCACGGCCAGGCUGGAGUGUAGCGAGCUGGUCCCAGAGGAACGGAGCCGAGAGCCUGGAAGCCCUCUUUGGUGCCCUGACGCUGCAGGAGGCAUUCCAGGCCUGGAAGGCGAGGUGGCGGGAAUCCCUGGCGGCUACCGCUUUCCAACGAGUGCAGGCACGACGGCGGCUGGAGGAAGCCUUGGCACGCUGGCACUGGAAGUCCCUUUGCCUCCAUCCUCCCGGGCCGGGCUCCAGGGACCUCGCUGAGGACCGUCUCCUUGUCUCCCUUGAGUCUUCCCUCUCCUCUGGCUUCCACAGCAAUCCGGCUGCACCGCCCGUCUCCACGGACUCAUCGGCAAAGGAUGAGAGGCAGCUCCUUGCGAGAUGCUUUGCGCUGUGGUCUUCUGGGACUCGGCAAGCCCUGCAGGCUCAGCAGCAUCUCCGGCAUUCCCUCCUGGCCCGGGCGUUCCUUUCCUGGGCUGAGAUCGCAGCUCGGAACUCUGCGCGGCUCGAGGCCCUGGUGGAGUUCGAGCGGGCCGGGCGGCAGCGGCUUCUGGCAUCCUGCUUCAGAAGGUGGAAAACAGCGUUCUCGAAAGCCGUCCAGGAAGAGGAGGAGAGGUCCCGAAGGAGGCCUGCCGGGUGCAGAGCCGUGUGGCGCUGGAGGAAAGCCACCCGGGCCUAUCUGGCCCUGCGCUCGAUUUCUGUCCACCAGGCUUGCAAUUUCUGGACCAAAGCAGCCAACUUUCGGCAGUGCAUCCGGAAGCAGAGCAGCCUUGCUGGAGCACGGAAGCACCGGAAAAUGCCGCUCUUGUGGCCAAGCAGGCAGAGACAGAACAGAGAAGAGACACUCGGCCGGGGCUUGUCAGCCCCCUCCCGCCUGAUCAGCAGCUCGUUUCGCGUCUGGCUGAUGGCCUACAGAAGCCAGAACGGGGCUCGGAGGCCUCCGGGAAGCCUGGAUGCAGCAGGGCGGAUAGCAGGAUACAGCCAGGCCCAGAAGAGCGGCACUGAACUGGCUGCAGCCAGGGGCGACCAGCUUGGCAGGAAGUAUCUGAGUUUGUGGAGAGGCCACGUCCUGGUGCGUCAUUCCCAGGCGGCCAGGGACGCGCGAUGCCUGGGCAGGGCAUGGCAGGCCUGGAAGGCGGCUUGCAGGACACGGACUCUGCCGCAAGCCCUGGCAAAGCACAGGCUGGUGGAGUGGUGCUGGAAGACAUGGAGGCGACGGUGUCUGCAAAGCUGGGCGGCUGAGCGUUUCCAGGAGGCUGAAGAGAAGCGCCUGCUCAGAAAGGCUUUUGCAAGGUGGCAACAGGUGGCUACGGUGUCUCACGCCAGUAGAGGAAGCAUCUGCGAAAAAUCUCUCAAGGAUUCUGAACUCUUUUUUGAGGAGCAGGGUGACCCCUGCUCUCAAGAGAAGUGACUUCCCACUGGAAACUCCCGGAACUGCUGUUUGUCCAGCUUCUCGGAAGCGCUUCGCGAUGGCCAUUCAGAAGCAGGAAAUGGCAUCCCCGCCCCAAGGUGCCUCACGCAUCUGUAGGGGGCACCCAGACACAAGGGGAGGCAGUUCGCUUUUUCCAGUGGGGUCACAGCCGGGUCCACGUUUUAGCGGGCAUUCAGACACUCGCAGCUUCAUGCAGUACCGACUGUGCCAGGCCAGACCGGUGUGCCUGCGCUUGGCGAGGUGGGGCUGAGAACCCAGGUACACGGCUCUGCUUGACGCAGCCCCCCCCCCCCCGGUCGCGUGGCCCCAGAACAUGCAUGCAUACAGGAAACCGCCUGGUUCUCUUCUCUGUUCCCUCCUUUGUUCCUUUGUUGAAGCCCUUCCAAUUUUCCUCCAGCAUGUGGGGCAGGGGGUUAGAGGGGGUUGCCUCACAGCUGGAAAAUCUCACCCACGGACCCCCUGCCUGUGCUGAAGUCCAUCAGCUCUUCAUUUGAUGCUCAGCAAAGCGGGGAAACCUCCCUCUCCCCCUCCAGGUUUCUUUUUUCUGCAGAUUAGGUCGAUGAUGAAUUAGCCUGCUGGGAACAGCUGAGUCUCCCC